AUGGAUAAGUUUCUCAUCAAGUUACCAAAGCCAAAAGAUGGCCAACCAAGUUCUAGCUCUAAUCAACCAUUUGUGAGUUCACAAGUUGCUCCGGAAGUUCAAAGACAUACAAAUUCUUUUCCACUUUCAAAUAUGGAUAAUAUGCUUGAUUUUAAAUCUCUUGAAGCAGAUCCCAAAGAUCGAAUGCCUAUUUCAUCUUAUGGUCCUAAUAUUCGAGAUGCGGUAAGGAGGUAUUACAUUCAAAAAAAGCCAUGUCAGCCUGUUGAUCAUAUCUUCCCUAAAACUAAGUUUGGAGAAAAAAUGCGUCAAUUUCGACCAACUUGGUUUAAGAGAAGAUCUCAAUGGUUGGAAUAUAGCAUUAAAGCAGAUGCGGCAUUUUGUUUGUGUUGUUAUUUGUUCAAGAAUGAACUUGAAAGUCGUGGAAAUGCCGGAGAUUCAUUUACAAGAGAUGGUUUUAGGUGUUGGAACAAAGCUUUAGAAAGAUUCAAAAAACAUGUUGGUAAGGUAAAUAGUAUCCAUCAUAAAUGUUUCAAUAGGAUGCAAGAUUUGAAAAACCAACGACAAUCGAUCCAAUCUUCUUUUGACAAGCAAAGUGAAAAGGCAAGAAGUGAUUAUCGGAUGCGUUUAAAUGCCUCAAUUGAUGUAGCAAGAUUUCUCUUGACAUCGGGAUUUCCAUUUCGUGGGCAUGAUGAAAGUGAAGGUUCCGAAUAUAAGGGUGCUUUUCUUGAACUUUUGAAAUGGUAUGGGGAUAGAAGUUUUGAUGUGGGAAGAGUAAUAUUAGGUAAUGCUCCACAAAAUGAUAUGAUGAUUUGUCCGACAAUUCAAAAAGAUAUUGUGGAGGCUUGUGCUAAAGAAACAACUAAGGCUAUCAUUGAAGACUUGGACGGUGAUUAUUUUGGAAUAUUAGUUGAUGAAUCAAAGGAUGUUUCUCAUAAGGAGCAAAUGGCUCUAAUUUUGAGAUAUGUCAACAAAAGUGGAAUGGUGAUAGAGCGAUUCUUGGGUAUUGUCCACGUAAAUGAUACAUCUUCUCAAUCAUUAAAAAAGGCAAUUUAUUCUUUGCUUUUGGAUCACUCAUUAUGUACAUCCAAAAUACGUGGUCAAGGUUAUGAUGGGGCUAGUAAUAUGCAAGGGGAAAUAAAUGGUCUCAAGUCUUUGAUUUUACAAGAUACGUCAUCUGCAUAUUCUAUUCACUGUUUUGCUCACCAAUUGCAAUUGGCACUUGUAGGUCUUUCCAAAAAGAAUUCGGAUGUGGAUAAUUUUUUUUAUGUUCUCACUAAUAUUUUGAAUACUAUUGGAGCUUCAUUUAAACGCAGAGAUUCACUUCGACAACAUCAAGAAGAUAAGUUGGAAGAGUUGCUUAAAUUUGGAGAAGUUCAUACAGGGCAAGGUUUGAAUCAAGAACGUGGCCUCCAACGACCGGGUGAUACUCAUUGGGGGUCUCAUUUUAAAACCUUGGACAAUUUCCUGAUUCUUUUUUCUUCAAUUGUUAAUGUGAUUAAGGAUAUGAAACGUGAUUGUCCAUAUCAUCUUGAUAGAUUUGCGGCGAAAAAUAUUUUGAGCAAGAUUCAUGAAUUUGAAUUUGUCUUUAUGUUGCACUUGAUGUUUAAGGUGUUGCUAUUGACGAAUGAGUUGAUUAAAGUUUUACAAAAGAAAGAUCAAGAUAUCGUUAAUGCUAUGGGAUUGCUUGACCUUUCAAAGAAACGAUUGCAAAUGAUGAGAGAGGAUGAAUGGGACUCUAUGAUGGAUGAGGUUAGCUUAUUUUGUGGUAAACAUGGAAUUUCAAUUCCCAAAAUGAAUGAAGACUACUCUAAUGGGAAGUCGAAGCAUAAGAGUGACUUGCUCCUCGGUAUGACUAGUUUGAGUCCGGUUGAUUCAUUUGCUAAUUUUCACAAGGAUAAGAUAAUGAAACUAGCCGAGUACUACCCAAGUGAGUUUGGUGAUAAAGAGAUUCGGGAACUCAAUUUUCAACUUGAUGAUUUUAUUGUCUAUGCUCAAAAGUGUGAUAGCAAGUUUCUCAACUUGAAGGGAAUCAAGGAUCUUGCAAAAGUGAUGAUAGAGACAAAACUAGAUCAAACUUGGUCACUUGUGUAUAUACUUGUGAAGCUAACUUUGAUUAUUCAUGUUGCUACCGCAACCGUGGAAAGAGCAUUCUCAUCAAUGAAGUAUAUAAAGAAUGAUUUGCGUAAUAUGAUGGAUGAAGAUCUUUUGAAUGAUAAUGGUGCCCCCAUGUUCUUGAGAUCCUGGAUACGCCUCUGUGGACAACCCCCUGUUAUUACUUCUACUCCACAUCCAUACGCCUUUCCUGCACCAAUCUCAAAUUAA